AAUUUAGUUUUGUUUUCAUAUAUAUGCAAAAGUAUAUAUAUGUAUUAUGUACACAUACAUAUACAUUUGCUGUGUGAGCCAAUGUCGAGAUUAGCUAUCAUAAUGUCACGUGUCUCGGCCUCCCGACUUCAUUUUUGUUUUAUCACGUGAAAAGGAUAGAAAAAGUCAACUUCGUAGUAAACUUUUACUAAACGAAUAAACAGGAUCAUGUGAAGAGAAUUGUAUUGAGUUUCCUAAGGAUUAAAAACGGUUCAAAGAUCAGUAUCCAGGAGCAAUGAAUGCUGCAAUUGCAUUGUGUACCUUUUGUGAAAUACAUGGUCCCAAAGUAAUAUUUACUACACAAACAUAUCGUAACUAUGAUAUGCAGAAUAUAGAGAAACUAAAAUUUUAUGGACCUAAAGAAGUAUUGAGACAAUACCAUGUAUCCUUAGAAGAUGGGCAAGAUGAGUGCGAAGGUUGUCAAAGCAUUGGAAAUAUUAAAUAUUUAAGUAAUGAUCACGACACAAGGACAUCUUUCUUAUCUGCUCAACAAUCACUAAUGCAAGAUAUUGGAAACUUGUUAAAGCAUGCAUGUAUUAGGAGUCUGAGCUGCGAAGUACAUCCUGGUAAAGAAGGUGUUUGUUACUUUGGAGAUGAGUACAGGGGGCAUGUUUUAAGUCAUACUUUUACAUUGAAAGAUGCCCAGGCAAGAGGUUUCAGAAGAUGGUGCAGUUUUAUUGUUUUCAUGAGGGACAAGCAAUUCUUAUUGAAUAUGUGGCCGUUUUUAAUCGACAAUUUAAAGGAAGUCAUCAGAGAGUUGCAAGAUUUCGCAGAGAAAAGAUACAAUGCAGAAGAGGCAGAGUGUUCACAAAGGGCGAUGAGACUGACUACGGCAAAUAAUGGAGCAGGUUGCCAUAAUGCUUCAAUCAAGCAGUCCAGAACACUUACUGACAUAACAAAUGAGAAACACGUGUUUGUAAGAAUUCACAUGUGGUUAGUAUGGAUUCUUAGUGCUGGUGCGAGACAUUUCGUAGAAGUUUUCCCAAUGAGUUUGCUAGACGACGAAAUAAAUUACAGUUUCGAGAAUCAAGUUGAAACUGAAGGAGGCUUUACCUUGGUGAACGCGAAACUACCGGUCAACUUAAAUUUAUAUUCGGACGAGUCAGAACUUUCGCCGGAGUUUUCCGAGAUCACGGAAAAAUCUACCGUCGUGGUCUUAAGAGAUCUUAAACGAGUACUUGGCAAGGAUCAGUUCAGACAGCUACUGUAUUCCUGUCUAACCGGUGUUCAAAUUCUAGUAAGAGGUCCAAAGAUCCAGCGAUUGGAAUCUUUGUAUGGACUUAGUAGUCUCGUGCCGAGAGCGUGUCGAAGGGUGAAGACGCAAACGUCGGAAUAUAUGGAUCCUGACGCUUGUAACUUUAUCGGAGUGGACACCUCAGUGGCGGUGCCUUUACCCUGUGCAAACGUAUGUAGAUUAGAUAUAAUACUGAACGAACACCAAGUGGAAAACACAAAUUCUCACAUAAUCAAGUGGACGGGCGUGUUACCAACGAAACUUCCGACAAUGUUAACGAAGAUCGAGAAAUCACUCGACAAUGAGAAGCUUGGGAAUUCAGUUGUUAGAGCGCAUUUUGCGACUCUUCAGGAGGAAUGGGCUAACAUUGCGAAAGUUGUUCACGCGAUGCACGGGCGAGGCCAUCGCGGCGAUCUCUCCGGACUCAUGCUCAGUCUGGGUGCAGGACCUCAGGACAAGAAGCUGUUGGAUGCUUGGUCUAUGGGAUUACCAUCUAACCCAGCAUAGUUCGCAAAGAUUAAUUCGUUCUAUUGUACGUGUGUAGUGUAACAUUUGGUAACAUAAUAUUUAUUGCAGAUUAUAUUCACUCUUAUUCAAGUUCCUUCGCCUUUGUCCAAGGAAUGUUUGUGUGUUCAAGGUUGUGUCUUUUUUUAUUUAUGACUUAGUUAAAAAAUAAAGGCCAAAUAUUUUAAUGAA